AUGCACGAUCCUCCACUCCAACCCCUUUCGCUUUUCUUCGACGAGCAAACGGACAGCAAAUCUCUGCUCGGCUGCUACACCAGCGGCGAGAAAGCGGGGGAGUUCGUGUGGAAGGCCGGGGUACUGACGCAAGCCUUGCAGGAGGGACGGUGGCUGGUGUUGGAAGACAUCGACACCUGCCCGGAGGACAUCCUCUCCGCACUGUACUCCGUCGCGCAGACCCGGGAACUGGUGCUCGCGGACAGGCAGGUCGUCAUCAAAGCGCACGAAAACUUUCAGCUGUUCGGAACCAUGCGGGUCUCUUCAACAUCGACAGCAGCUGCGGGGAAACAACCGGACCUCCACGGUUGUCGGGUUGACGCUGCUUCACCAGCAGACAUUUCUCAACAUACUGCGGCCGCUGCACCAACUACAGCAAGAACUUGUUCUACGUCGCAAAAUCUAAAUCUGUUCGACUUCGACUUCACCUGCACGGCCACCACCAUCCCGCCGCUCGUCGGCUGCUGGCACAAGCUGCACGUCCCCUCUGCGGAGAAACCCGAGCUGGUCGAGAUGCUGCGACAGAAGUUUCCAAAAACGCCGCUGGUUAUCGCGGAAAAGCUGGUCGACACCAUGUUCUUCGCGCAAACGGAGCUGCACCUUUCCACCCUGACCGCGAAAGAUUUGUCUGCCCGGAAGCUGAACGUGCGGGAACUUUUUCAACUGGCGAAGAGAAUCCAACACUUGACCUUCGAACCGAACUUCACCGAGAACUCGCGGACGGAAUUCGCCCGGCACCUGCUCGCCACCUUCUUCGCGAACUUGAACACGAAAGAGCUCCGCUCCGAGUGUGUCGAGCUCUGCGUCCGGAAGUUCUGGGAUUUGGUGGAUGUCGGGGACCGGUUGGUCUGCCUUGAAAAGCCGGAGAUCGAUCGGAAAAAGAAGGAACUGAUCAUCGGCACCCUGUCGUUGAACGAGGACAAUUUGGUGAAGGAAGUUUUGUUCGAAGACCAGGAUCACUCGGAAGACGAGUUCGAAACGAGAAAUUCCAAGGCGAAGCGGAGAAAAAAGGAGAAGCAAGAACAGAAGGCGAUUUUGAAGCAAGCAGCGGGAACGAAAAUGAAAAACGACGAUGUUUCUUUGGCCACGAUCAGCAACAGCGCGACUACUUCUAAAUCCCUCGCCCGCGAGCUCGGCAAGCAGAUCCAAAACAGUAACUUUGCCUGCACUGCGGUGCACUCCCGCGUGCUGUGGCAACUCGCGGCCGCGACGAAGCACUCCGAGCCCUGUCUGUUGGUCGGGGACACGGGGACCGGGAAAACUACCGUUAUUCAGCGGUUCGCGGAACUCUGCGGGCAGAAGGUUUUCGUCUACAACUUCAACGACCAAUCCGAGGCGCAGGAGCUCGUCGGCGGGUUUCGCCCGGUCGACGUGCUGAACCAGGAAGUGCCGGCGAUUUUCAACCAGUUCCUGAAGUUUUUCCAAGAGACCUUUUCCUUGAAACAGAACCGGAAACUCCUGGAAAAGGUGCAGAAGGCGUUUCGGCAGAAGAAGUGGGGGAAUUUUUUCAAAUUCCUCAAGCAGGUGUCCGGACAGGCGAUCGAGUAUUUGAAAGGGAGAAGUAGUCGUGUAGUUGCGACUGCUGAUGCGACUUCUGAACUAGUACCUAUGGCGGAAAGAAAAGACGCUAGCGCCGAAGAGGAUCACCAGCUCUCCCAGUUCUGGUUCAACUUGCGGAAGAAAUCGGAAGAGCUGUCGCACCAGUACAGCAACGGGGGACUGAAAUUCGAGUUCAAAGAGGGACUCUUAGUCGAGGCAAUGCGCACCGGUGCGUGGAUCAUUCUGGACGAACUGAAUUUAGCGCCGAACGACCUGCUGCAGCGGAUCCAGGGGUUGGUUUCCGGUAGCUCCGAUACGACGGACAAGAAGGAAUUAGCUUUGUCCGAAUGUGGAGAUUUGCGCGUGACCCCGCACGAAAAUUUCCGGAUUUUCGCCUGCAUGAACCCACCGACUCUGCCGUCGAUUGGAUAUAAUGGCAGAAGGAAAGGACUAGAGCAGAGCGGAGCGGAGGAAGGUGUCUGUAGUGAAGAUGCAGAACCUUCGGCAAAGCGGUUGAAGGCUGAUGGCGAGGUGGACACCACCAGCACCAGAACAAAAAAUAAACCUGUGAUGCAGCAGUCGCAACAGGCGCUCGCUUCCGCGGGGAAGAAGCAGCUACCCGCCGGCAUCCGGUCCCGCUUUACCGAGAUUUUUGUCGACGAGGUCGACUGCGAGGAAGAUUUGGAGCUUGUGAUGCGGGGAUAUUUGGCCAGAGGGCUGCUCCCAAACCCGCCCAUCCAGAAGUUGGUGGACUUCUACAAAUUCUGCCGCCAGGAAUCGAUUUCUGGGCAGCUCGUCGACGGGGCAAACAAGGUCGUGCAUUUUUCUCUUCGAAAUUUGACGCGCGGGCUCCGGUUCGCCGUCUCUCUGAUGACGAAGGAGAAUUUGAUCCACCGCGUCGAGCCAGUAACGGCGCUGGUCGAGGGUAUGCUGAUGGCAUUCGCGACUCCGCUCUCCACCACCUCCGCGGCGAUCGUUUCCAAGAAUCUUUACACCACCUUCGGCCGCGCGGACCCGGCUCUGUCCAAGGCGGCCAAGAAGAAGGAGCAAGAACCGGUCGCGCGAAUUGCGAUCGCCGAGGACAAGGGCGACACGGUGACGAAAGCGUUGGCGCACUGCGGCUCGACCAGUAUGGAAAACGUGGAGGAGAGAGUGAAUGCAAGCUGCGCGAAGGUAAUAUCGUCCACUUCUUCCCGAGCGGUAGAGGCCAUCCAGAUUGAGGACUACUGGAUCACGAAGGGGGACCAGAAUGUGGACUUCGUGAACGCACACAAGCACUUCCUCGUGACGCCCAGUGUGCGGCGGAAUCUGAAAAACAUUGCUCGGAUUUUGUCCGGCGGGCGCUAUCCGGUGUUGCUCGAGGGUCCGACGUCGGCGGGGAAGACCUCGCUCGUGAAGUUUUUGGGGAGGAUCACGGGCCACAAAUGCGUCCGCAUCAACAACCACGAACACACCGACCUGCAGGAAUAUCUGGGGCAGUACGUGUGCGAUAGCGCGACGGGGUCGUUGGUGUUCCAGGAGGGCCCGCUGGUGAAGGCGGCGCGAAACGGGGACUGGGUGAUUUUGGACGAGCUGAACCUCGCCCCGACGGAAAUUUUGGAAGCGCUGAACCGCGUUCUGGACGACAACCGGGAACUGUACAUCCCGGACACGAACACCGUUGUGAAACCCCACCCGGAUUUCCAGCUGUUCGCGACGCAAAAUCCGGCGAACGCGCUCUACGGGGGUCGGAAGCAGCUGUCCCGGGCAUUUCGCAACCGGUUUUUGGAGGUUUUCGUCGACGACCUGACGGUGAAAGAGUUGGAACUGAUUCUCCAAAAGCGCUGUGAGCUCCCCCCGAGUUACGCGAAGAUCAUGCUUGCGGUGUUCCAGGACCUGCAGCAGCACCGGUCGAACAGCAGUUUGUUUUCGGGGAAAAACUCCUUCAUGACGGUCCGCGACCUCCUCCGCUGGGCGAACCGGAAGCCGGACGGGGUGGAGGAGUUGUUGCAGGAGGGCUUUUUGUUACUCGGAGAACGGCUUCGGAAGCCCUCCGAUCAGGUGAUCGUCGAGGAAAUGCUCGAGAAGCAUGUGAAGAUGAACGCCAAGGUGCGCAUCGACUAUCGGGAGGACCGCUUUGUGCAGGAAAUUAUGGAGAAGUUUGCGAAGAAGCUGGAGAAAGACCGAGCGAACUGCCCCUCCGGGCCGCAGGGCUUGGUCUGGACCCAGUCCCUGUGCCGCAUGUGCGCUUUGGUCGCGCGGUGUGUGGAGUACAACGAACCUGCACUUUUGGUCGGCGAAACUGGGUGCGGGAAGACGACGAUCGUGCAGGCACUGGCGUGGUUGCGAGAGGAUGUCGAUGCUGAUGCUGUUGCAGGAGCUCCGGUAGCUGAAAAAGAAAUUGUCGACCAACAAGAAGAAGAAGACCACAUAAAGAUCGCGGAGCCAACAUCAAACGCUGGUCGUUUUCAAUUAGAGCAAAGUCUCCGCAUCGUCAACUGCCACCAACAGACCGAAGCAGCGGAUUUCGUCGGAAGUCUGCGGCCUAUCCGCGGCAGAGACGGUCUGAAAGCGAGUUUUUUCAGCAAUUGCGAAAAGCUGCUGCAAAUAAAGCUCGAGGUGGACGAACAUCAAACCUCCUCUAGUACAAUAGAGCAGAAGCCUACUGACAGCUUCGUGGAAAAAAUCGAAAAGGAGUUCCGUCACCCGUUGCAGUAUCAACUUGUCAAAAAGAAGUCCAUUCCCGGCGCGCUCAAGGUCCUGCGAGACUUUGACGCUUCAAAGCUUUAUUUCGGAGCCCCCGAGAGUGUGCUUAAGCCCCGUUUCUUGCGGGCUUCGUCUAGCGAAGCAGCGAGUCUACAACCUUUCGAGUCUUUCACCACGCAUUUGAAGCAAGCGAUUGAGGACGGGACCCGCGCAACGGCGCUGUUCGAGUGGCAAGACGGGCCUUUACCGCAGGCCAUGAAGGAGGGCGGGUUUUUCCUGAUCGACGAGAUAUCCCUGGCGGACGACGCGGUGAUUGAACGGUUGAACUCCGUUUUCGAGCAAGACCGCUCGCUCGUGCUCGCCGAGAAGCCCACCGGUGGGAAUGACGCGAAGGAUCUGAUCUCAGUCUUCGCUAAACAAGACUUCCGCAUCUUCGCUACCAUGAACCCGGGUGGCGAUUUCGGAAAGAAGGAACUCUCCCCGGCGUUGUAUCCUGAGUAAAAACGUCCCCACACCAGAGUUGUCAUGCAGAUUUGCAAUGACAGGAACAUUUGUUUUUGUAAUGCGCAUCGCCAGGAGAGGCAUUUUUAGUCGUGUUUUGGAAUUUGUAAUGCUGUAAACAGGACGAGCAGAUGGAUUUCUGAUGCAGCUGGCCUUGCGAACCUGCACUACGCUACGGACUGCAACUUGUGAUGCGUGACCCCCAAAAGCUCUAGGCUUGUGUUGCAAAAUCCCCAUCUUGACUCUGGUGUGGGGAUGUUUUUACUCAGGAUACGUUGCGCAACCGGUUUACGGAGCUCUGGCUCCCCGCGGUAGACUUUUCAUCGUCGGAUACGGAAUUUCUCAUCCGGGCGAGGCUGACGGACCGCCUCGGCUCGGUGUGCUUCCCGCUGUUGAACUGUAUCCGCUGGUUCAACGCGAAGGCGCAGUUCCCGCUGUCCAUGCGUGAAGUGCUCGCGUGGAUGGACUUUGUCAAGACGAACGCGCUGAAAAAUGAUGAUGCUGGUCGUGAAGAAGCGAACAACGCCGAGGAGGCUGGAGACAGCACGAUGGAAAAAAGUUCCAUCAGCGACGAGACCCUCGCGAUCAUCUACCUGCACGGCGCCUUUCUGGUUUUGUUCGAUGGGCUGGGACUGGGAAACGCGAUCGGAUCGGGCGGCAGUACGAAUGCCGUAGAGCAGAAAAAAAUCGUGAUGGACUAUUUGAUGCAGCAGAUGGACAGUUUUGGCAGUCUUUCCGCGGAACAAGCCGAGAAGGUGAAAGCGAAGUUUGGAGCGGACGGGUUCGCCUGGGUCCGGGAGAGUUUGUGUCUGGGAGGAGCCAACGGUGCGUCGCCUGGUGCAGCUCUCGGCGGCAGCAUGUUCAACGGAAGUAGCAUCUUCUCUAUUGGCAGCAGCGACAAAGCUGCAGUGCCUGUUAAUAUGGAAGAGGAGAGAGCCUGUGAUGUUGAGAAAGACGAUCCGAUGGCCGUUGAUGGUGAAGAAGGUCUUGUUCCUGGGCUAGAGCAGUCUCCAUUAUCGUCAACCACGUCGGCUUCCGAUGAGCACGACGGAACAGAAGCAGAGCAGAAAGCACUCAAAAGCCAAGAAGUUGUUGCUAUGCAAGAACAUAACAGCAAGACGAGCACUAUCACGACCGACACAGCCAACUUUUCCUUUCAAGCCCCGUCCACGGCGUGCAACGUCGGCCGGAUUCUCCGCGGGUUGCAGUUGAAACGCGCGAUCCUAUUGGAAGGCCCUCCGGGCGUCGGGAAGACCACCGUUGUGCAGGCUUUGGCGUCGAAGACCGGGAACCAACUGGUCAGGAUCAAUUUGUCGGAGCAAACUGACAUGGUAGAUUUGCUCGGGUCCGACUUGCCAGUAGCGGCGGACAGCGCAGAAGCUCCAGCUCAGGAGCAAGAGGAACAAACAAGAGCACCGACUGGUGAUGCAGUUGUGAAGACUACUUCUACUCCACCAGAAGGUGGAAGCACCACAUCGGAAUCCACCUCUCCGAAAGCCACUGAGAUGUUGAACAAAACGAGAACCGCUGACGGUAACCAGGACGUUGACCAACAGGCUCUUCGUUUCCAGUGGUGCGACGGAGUGUUGCUGAAAGCCAUGAAAGCCGGCGACUGGGUGUUGUUGGACGAAAUCAACUUGGCGAACCAGUCCGCGCUGGAGGGCUUAAACGCACUAUUGGAUCACCGCUCCGAAGUCUACCUUCCCGAAAUCGACCAGGUGGUGAAAACGCAUCCCAAUUUCCGCCUCUUCGCCGCCCAGAACCCGGUGCAGGAGGGGGGCGGGCGGAAGGGUCUGCCGAGGUCGUUUCUGAACCGGUUCACGAAGAUUGUGUUGGCGGAGUUGGAUGCCGCGGAUUUGGAGCACAUUUGCAUGCACCAGUUCGGAGGUGGAACAACAGCAACUACCAGCACUAGUUCCUCGAUUGGUAUUUUGGAUGCAACCCUGAUCAAGAAAGCCACGGCAUUCGUCUCGGAGAUUGGCCGGGUCGCCAGGGAAAAGCACUUCGACGGCGCGAGUGACUGGGACUGGAACUUAAGGGACGCGCUCCGGUUUUGCGAACUUCUGGUCAACAAAGUGCCGACGGAGGAACCUGGGAGUUCCGCGGAGUUGCUCUUUGUGUCCCGGUUGAGGCGCAGCAGUGAUCGAAUCAUUGCGAUGCAGCUGGUCAGAAAGCAUUUCGGAAGUUGUACUAGCUCCCUUGCAGAUCAAGAUGUUGACGCGCUGGCCCUUCAUCGGGAGGCUCUCGUCACGGUCAUUGGCAAGCCGGACUUGCUCUCUAAGAAUAAAGUGCCUGCUGAGCAGGUCUGCGAUGAAAAGAAAACUGGGCCAGAAGCAGUUUCCAAAACAUGCCAAGAAGAUUCUUCUUGGCUCCAGAGCAGCAGCGUCGCCAUCGACGGCGAUGCGUACGGCGGUAUUGUUGUUGGCGAAGCAAAAUUAUUGCACCAGAACACUGGAUCUUCCCAACGACAAAAGAAUUUCUCCGCGUCUUCGCACUUUGCUCUCCUGUCCGACCAAACCGUCUAUUUAAAAACCGCCAUCCACGCGGUUAACCUGAAGUGGCCCUUACUGAUUUCUGGCGGCCCGAACAGCGGUAAAACCGCCCUCGUGAAGACCCUGGGUGCCGCGGCGGGCCGAAAAGUGCGCGAAAUCAGUUUGACGCCCAGUAUGGACGCCAGUGAAUUACUAGGUUGCUUCGAGAACUACGAUGAAAAGCGGCAUAUUGCGGGUUUUUUCAGAAAAGUCCGGGAAAUGUGCUUCGCUUUGCGCAAGGAGAUGGUGGUAAAGAUAAAGAGCAAGAAGAACCACGACCUGGAAGUGCUGCUCGGGAAAAUUGAGAACACGAUUGAAGACGAUGAGUCCGGACAGAUGAAAAGCCAUCUCGACAAGCUCCAACAGCUGGAUUCCGGUUUCCGCAUGAUCCUGAACGCCCCGGCGAGGAAAAACGACGAGCGGAUCCAGAAUACUUACGCCCAACUACAGAAUCUGAUCAAUCGGCAAAACUCCGCUUCCGUCUUCGAAUGGAUCGACGGCUCUCUGGUGUCUGGGAUUUUGGAAGGUGACUUUGUGUUGCUGUCCCAUGCACAGUUUUGCGCGCCCGCGGUGCUCGACAGGUUGAACAGUCUUCUGGAGCCAAACGGGUUUUUGUUAGUAUCCGAAUCGGGCGCAGACCGGGUCGUCAAGCCGCAUCCGGACUUCAGGAUUUUCCUGACCUGCGACGUGACCCACGACACCAGCCGACAGAUCUCCAAGGCGUUAAGGAAUCGGUGUUUGGAAGUGUUUGUU